AGUAGACACCACCCGACCACGGUAAAGCUACUCCUACAUUCUGGAACCAGGCUAGCAGUAAUUAUAUUUUGUUUUUGUCUGAGUGUUGGAAACUAAUUCACUAAUUUCGUUUAGGGUUGGGUAGCUAUCUGCAGCACCAUUUGCUGACACUGCAAGGUGGGGGAGUUGGCUAUUGAGAUUAGAUUCUCGAGACGCAAUUGUUUGUUUUUGAGCCGAGUAACGUAAUGGACACAAAGAACCGAAGAUGAAGUGACUGUCACCCGAGGGACCAUGCUGGCCACAAAGAGACUAGAGAUGUCACCGACAUGAACGUGCAAGCGGUGCAGAAAUAAGUAUUUUUAGGUGAGGGAUGACAUCGCUGGCUGUCGGCGUGGUCCUCUGCCUAACAGGCUGGAUCACUCUCUACACCCUACUGUGUAGCACCAGUGGCAGCCAUGGCUCUGAGUGGAACUGUAGGCUGGUCACACUGCUCCAUGGAAUCCUUGCAGUCUGUAUAACAGCAUACAUAGGCUAUGUGGAUGGACCUUGGCCCUUCACACAUCCAGGCACAAAGAACACCCCCCUUCAGAUCACUGCUAUGGUCAUUAGCCUGGGCUACUUCAUCUUCGAUAUGGGCUGGUGUGUUUACUUCAGCACAGAGGGCCCGGUGAUGCUGAUCCACCACACCAUGAGCAUCCUGGGUAUCUUGUUGACCCUGAGCUUGGGGGAAUCGGGCAUUGAGUCCUGCGCCGUACUCUUUGGCAGUGAGAUCACCAACCCCCUUCUGCAAGCUCGCUGGUUCCUGAGACAAUUGGGUCGCUAUGAGAGCCUGACAGGGGAGGCGGUAGAUGUUCUGUUUGUAGUGCUAUUUGUAUUUAUGCGCAUAGUGGUUGGCGGAAGGAUGUUGUACUGCGAGCUCAUCUCCACACGGCCCAGGUUCAUUAUAAAGUGUGGGGGAGUUGCCAUGUAUGUGCUGUCUUGGUUGUUCAUGGUGGACAUUGGUCGUUUCGCCUACCACAAGAGUCAAUCCAAAUACAGACGCUGGCGACACCAACACAGAUUGGAAACAGUUAACAGACAUGAUGGAAAGACAGACUGAAAGACUUCCUGAUCUUUAGAAGAUGAAUAUAAACAUCCAAUGUUUAUACUAAUAUACCUUUAACAAAUGAUUAACUAACACAUGGUUGUGUGUAAGAGGAGGGUCAAAGUCACGUCAUUCUUUAAGUAUGAUUAUUGGGGAGACGUCUUUGGUAUUCAGUUUACACUUUUUUUGUGCUCAGUUCAGAAAAAAACAAGCUGCUCAGUUUAGACAUACACUGUUCAUCAGUCACUUUGGAUUAUAACACAGGUUCACUGGAAGGUAAUGUACAGUCCCUUCAGAAAGUAUUCACGUCCUUUUUCCACAUUUUGUUCAAAUCCAUUUCUAUUUGUCAUAUGCUUCGUAGACAACAGGUGAAAUGCUUACUUACGGUUCCAUUUCCAACAAUGCAGAGAGAGUUAAGAUACACAAUGUAAUACUUUAAAAAAAUGUAAAAAAUGUUUUAAAUAUUGACACAAGGAAUAAAUUCACAGUGAAUAAUUAAUAAAAAAUAACAAGUAAAAAUAACAUGGCUAUAUACAGGGAGUACCAGUACCAAGUCGAUGUGCAGGGGUACGAGGUAAAUGAGGUAGCUAUGUACUGUAAUUAUAGGUAAGGGUAAAGUGACUAGGCAACAGUAUAGACCAUAGACAGUAGCAGCUGUGUAUGUGGUGGGUGUGUUGUGUUACAGCCUGAAUUAAAAAUCUAUUAACCUUAGAUUUUUAGUCACUGGCCUACACACAAUACCCCAUAAUGUCAAAGUAGAAUUGUUGUUUGAAAUUUUGACAAAUUAAUUACAAAUGAAAGCUGAAUUGCCUUGAGCAGUGGUGGAAAAAGUACCUAAUUGUCAUACUCGAGUAAAAGUAAAGAUACCUUCAUAGAAAAUGGCGAAAGUGAAAGUCACCCAGUAAAAUAAUACUUGAGUUAAAGUCUAAAAGUAUUUGGUUUUAAAUAUAGUUAAGUAUCAAAAGUCAAUGUAAUUGCAAAAAUGUACUUAAACAUCAAAAGUAAAAGUAUAUAUCAUUUCAAAUGGCUUUUUAUUAAUCAAACCAGAUGGCACAAUUUUAUUUAUAUAUUUUUUAUUUAUGGAUAGCCAGGGGCACACUCCAACACUCAGACAUAAUUUACAAACAAAGCAUUUGUGUUUAGUGAGUCCGCCAGAUCAGAGGCAGUAGGGAUGACCAGAGAUGAUCGUCUCUUGAUAAGUGCGUGAAUUGGACCCAUUUUCCUGUCCUGCUAAGCAUUCAAAAUGUAGCGAGUACUUUUGGGUGUUAGGGAAAUGUGUGGAGUAAAAAGUACAUUGUUUUCUUUAGGAAUGUAGUGAAGUAAAAUUUGCUAAAAAUAUAAAUAGUAAAGUAUAGAUGCCCAAAAAAACUACUUAAGUAGUCAUUUUCACCACUGGUUUUGAGUCUGUAAGUAUUCAACCCAUUUGUUAUGGCAAGCCUGAAUAAGUUCAGGAUAAAAAAUGUGCAUAACAAGUCACAUAAGUUGCAUGGACUCACUCUUUGCAAUAAUUGUUUUUAACAUGAUUUUUUAAAUGACUACCUCAUUAACCCCACACAUACAAUUAUCUGUAAGGUCCCUCAGCCGAGCAGUGAAUUCCAAACACAGAUUCAACCACAAAGACCAGGGAGGUUGUCCAAUGCCUCGCAAAGAAGGGUGCUGUUUGGUAGAUGUGUAAAAAAAAUAAAAAAGCAGAUAUUUAAUA